AUGGCUGUGUGGCCCCUGUGGAGUCUGCUUCUCUGGGAGGCACUGCUUGCAGGGGCAGUGGCUGGGGCCCGCGUGCACGCCCGGGUGGGGGGUUCAGCGCUGCUAGUGGCAGAGCCACCCCCAGGUUUCCAAGUCCGAGAGGUCAUCUGGAGAUCGCUCUGGCCUUCAGAAGAGCUGCUGGCUACAUUUUUCCGGGGUUCGCCAGAGAUGCUGUACCACUCCCGCUUCCGGGGCAGAGCCCGGCUGCACAGCAACCUCAGCCUAGAGCUCUGGCCACUACAGUCUGGAGACAGCGGCAACUUCUCUGUGCUGCUGGUGGACACGGGAGGCCAGGCCCUGACCCAGAUGCUGCAGCUCCAGGUGUAUGAUGCUGUACCCAGGCCUGUGGUGCAAGUGUUCAUUGCUGUACCAGGGGAUACACAGCCUCCCAAGACAUGCCAAGUGUUCCUGUUCUGUUGGGCCCCUAACAUCAGUGACAUCACCUACAGCUGGCGAAGGGAGGGGGCCAUUGAUUUUGGUGUCGAAACUCCUGGCCUCUUGGAAGAUGGACAGGUGCUCAGGGCUUCUCUGGGACCAGGAGACCAGAGUGUGGCCUAUUCCUGCAUCGUUUCCAACCCCAUCAGCUGGGACUCAGCCACAGUCACCCCUUGGGAGAGGUGCCAUCGCAAGACAGCUCCAGGGGGAGCCUCCUACAAAGAUGUGCUACUGGUGGUGGUGCCCGUCUCACUGUUCACGGUCUUGGCCGCUAUCUUCUCUGUGUGGCACUGCAGGCCCUGCUCAGGGAAAAGGAAGGAAGUAUGUGCUGACAGAGCAGCUUCAGAGACAGAGACACCCCUGGUGUAGAGUUUGCCUGAGGGAGGGACCCCACUGCCAGGC